CUUAUGUUGUGUUUUUAUUACAAUUUCAGGUCGAUCAGCAAAGCAAACCUCCAAAAUGGUUGCUACAAAGAAAGUGAAAAAGGCGAUUGAGAAUAUCAAUUCUCGCCUUGCCCUGGUAAUGAAGAGUGGGAAAUGUGUCCUAGGGUACAAGGAGACACUGAAAACCUUACGACAGGGAAAGGCCAAGCUUGUGAUCAUCGCCAACAAUGUCCCCCCUCUCAGGAAGAGCGAGAUCGAGUACUACGCUAUGUUAGCUAAGACCGGUGUCCAUCACUACAACGGCAACAACAUUGAGCUGGGGACAGCCUGCGGGAAGUACUUCAGAGUGGGCACACUCAGCAUUACUGACCCAGGGGACUCUGACAUUAUCAGAAGUAUGCCCACAGAGAGCCAGUCAGCUGCCUAACCCCUCAGCCAUGCCACACGGGCAGAACUAUAACUGGACUUCAUAAUAAACCAUCAGAAUUAUCAAG